UUGAGAAUAUGUUGGUAGAAUUGACUGUCAAUUGAAGAAAAACCAAAAUUGACGGGUCUGUUGAUUGAUUUAUUUUCCAAACUUUUCCUGUGUUUUUAAAGAAUCUCGAGAUUGAAACAAAUAAUUUACGAAAUUUACUAUUGCGCUUCACAUAACGAAAUCCUUUAUUCUUCUAUUAAUUAUGGCCACGAAGGAGUAUGCGCUCAAUAAUUUGUGAUUAUGUCUGCGCGUAAUUAUUUAUCGGCCCGUGAAAAGAAUAUAAACAGAUACAUUGAUUCCUUGCCCCAUAUAAAUUCACAGAAGUUUAAUUAUCGUUCUGAGCUGCCUGCUCUAUCGGCUAGCAAGAAUAAUCUUGUAAAUCGUAAUUUAAACUAUUCUUUUGAAGUGCCUUAUCGCUUGGGCAGUGCUGAGAGGCCUACUACUCCUUUUUCAGACUUCUUUUCGGAGAGCGAGACAGGGACCCCAGAUUUCCGCAGUGAAGAAAGUGACAGCAGUGCAGGCUCAGCAUUGCUAAGGAGCACAGCCGAAGCCACAAGGACCUUGGCGGCAGAGUGGGAGAGGAUAGAGCGGACUCUGUACAAUGAGGAAGGGGAGAAAAGCAAUCGGCCACAGAUCAUUGAGGAGUGCAAGCAGUGGAGACAGUUGCAUCCGCAGCUUAGAGUCAUCGGCAAAGCUAUAUCUCUACCAGAAAAGCGGCCAUCAUUCAGAGGAAUCGAACAUGACGAGGUAAUAGCUAUGCACUACAGUGAUUACGAAGAAUUCAGUGAAAGUGAGGAGCGCCUGUCUCAGAGCAGCACCGACGUCACUCCUCAGAACUCCCCGAGAAUAUCGAUAGAAAACCUCAGUGAGACCAAAAUUCAGCGUGAAAAGGUAAAUCUAUUUACUAUGUUUGGUGACGAGCAUGAGCUUCCUGACUCAUUUUGCUCACUCCUUCACAUUACACCGAUACAAAUACGUAGUCCUUUACAAAGGAAACGACAAAAUCCUUUUAUAAAAUCGGAAAUCGCGUCGUCACGCUGGAUGCGAAACUGUCGUCCCGAUUCCUCGGUAAACUAUGAUCGGAACAGUGCAAAGUCUUUUGUUUCUUUGGAUCCGUCAAAUUAUGGAACGGCUAUGAGCGCUUCGGAGCGCAAAAAUGGGUUAAAUGGCAGAGUGAUCACAGCGAACAGUAGAGAUUUGGCGAAGUUGGAACCGCUACAUACUCCUGAGUACCAUGACACUCACAGGUUACCGAGUGCGUUUGGCCAACAUAACAAUGCUAGAAAGGUUUCGCUUCCACCACUAUUACUUGAGGAAGAAAAACGAAAAGUUAGUGCAGGAAAAAAACAUAUGAAAACGAGGAAAUCAUCAAAACAUGUGUAUAAUUUGGACAGGGUUAAGUAACACAUCAUCUCAAUUUAAUGAAAAGCUGUGACGAAAUUGGUGAAACUAAAUUAAAGUAUUGUUGUGGUGAGUGAAUUUAGAAGUGAUUUGAACUUAAUGGUGUUCAAUAAAUAGCUUAUUUACUGUCUGGUAUACUGCUAGCAAAUGUUUUUGUUUUUGCCUAAAAGCUGGUUGUUAUCUCAAGUAUGGUUUGCCAAUGCCAAUGUCGGGUGUAGAAAUUCGCACAUGAGGAGGAUGCUCCAAGAUUAGUCAUUUAUGUUGUGUGUCAGCCAGUGCAUUUGAUGCAAUAAUUAAAUUAUCGUAUUUUUUAAUAUCAAAUAUAAAAUAUAACCAAUAUUAAGUAUA